UUAAUAAAUAUCGAGGCAGCAAGGAAACUCAUAUAAAUCAUUACGUAGCGUAGUACAUUUUAGUUGUGUUAACAUUAUUAUUUAAUCGUUAUAUCUUAACUUAUAAAGCUUGUUUUAAUGUAUUAAAAUGAGAACUUAUUGUCUUUUAAACUAUUUUCGAAAGUUAUUAAAACAUGGACAUUUUCGCAAGUACAGCACUGCUAGUGCGGGAGAUAAAAAUAUUCAAAAUAUCCGAAAUAUCGGAAUCUUAGCUCACAUAGAUGCAGGGAAAACAACAACAACAGAACGAAUGUUAUUUUACUCUGGAACAAUAAGAACAAUGGGUGAAGUGCAUCACGGCAACACUGUUACAGAUUAUAUGGAGCAAGAGAGACAGAGAGGAAUUACUAUUACUUCUGCCGCUGUAUCAUUCCCGUGGCAUGACCAUCAGAUCAACCUGAUUGACACACCUGGACACAUCGACUUCACCAUGGAGGUAGAGCAGAGUCUUGCUGUUCUGGAUGGUGCUGUUGUUGUCCUGGAUGCUACAGCUGGUGUGGAAGCUCAAACACUCACCGUGUGGAGACAAGCGAACGGUUACCGAGUGCCCCGGAUCCUCUACUUAAACAAGAUGGACCGUCCUGACGCCGACGUGCUGCAGUGCGAGCGAUCUAUACGCGACAAGCUGAGGGUUACUCCGCUGAUGGUUCACACUCCCAUAGUUCAGGAGGGGAAGCUAAUUGGUUUAAUAGAUUUGAUAUCUUUAGAAGAAAUAGUGUGGAGCACUGGCCGGGGGCAAAAUUACGUGAAAAGAAAACUGUCUGAGGAGGCUGAUGGACAAAAAUGGGAGAAAUCAAUGAGUGAACACAGGCAGCUUAUAGACACGCUGUCAUCAAUGGACGAUCAGUUAGCAGAGACAAUUAUACAGCAAGAGUCGUUGGACAACAUUGAUAUAAAACAUGUACAGGGUGCUCUUCGUAGAUGCACGUUGGGAAUGAAAGGGUAUCCCGUGCUGUGUGGGAGUUCGUACAAGAAUAUCGGUGUGCAGUGUCUGAUGGAUGCUGUUGUGUCGUAUCUACCUGAUCCAGUUGAGAUUAACCAUCUUCACCGACAUUUCGGUCCCGACCUCUGCGCACGCGCAUUCAAAGUGCAACACGAUGACCAGCGGGGCGUGCUCACUUACCUGAGGCUGUAUAACGGGGAGAUUUGUAAAGGACAGAAGAUAUAUAAUAUAGCUCGAGACGAGAGCGAGCAGAUAGGCGCGUUGUACGUGGCACUGGCAGACGAAUACCGGCCUGUGGAGACCGUGGCCUCUGGGAACAUUGCUGUGGUUAGCGCUCUGAAGACAACAAUAUCUGGUGAUCUGGUGACAACGACGAAUGCAGCGGCCAGCCGUGCCAAGUCCCGCCUGCGGGAAGUUCUCAGGGAUCCUGGGCAAGUGGAGCAUCUGAUGUCACCCGGCGCCAGACAAAGGCUACAGGCCAUUGAGAACCCUACCCCUGACGAUAUGGCCGAUGUUCUACUUGGUAUUGGCACAACGGUCCCUGAGCCCGUGUUCCUCUGUUCGAUCGAGCCCCCCAGCGCGGCCUACCAGAACGCGUUGGAAACAGCCUUGGCUGAGCUGCAGCGAGAGGAUCCCAGCCUCAGGGUCACGGCAGACGAGGAGACUGGCCAGAUGGUGUUAGCUGGUAUGGGCGAAUUGCAUCUGGAGAUAAUAAAAGAGCGGAUAGUCCGAGAGUACAAGAUCGACGUGGAGCUGGGCAGACCCCAGAUCUCGUACAAGGAGGCGCUGGUGGGCACGGCCAAGCACACACACAGCGUUGACAGGAAGAUUGGCAACGCGCGGCAAACUGUCAAGCUUACAAUGUCUGCCAGAACUGUCAAGGGCGUCACACAGGAUAAGAUUUUGAGGUAUGACAAGAGUGCGGAGAGUGCGGCAAACCUGGCUCACAUCCACCCUCGGUCUGUGAUGGCCAUCGAGCGAGGAGUGACCACCGCCCUGCUGCACGGACCCAAGCUGGACGCUGCGGUGGUGGACGUCCAGGUGACGCUCCACUGGUUCGAGGUGGGGCGCGGCACCUCUGACUCCACCGUCUCCUCAGCUGUGGUGCACUGUCUUCGUAAGGUGUUUGAGCUGUGCGGCAGCACGCUGCUGGAGCCCGUCAUGUCGCUGGAGGUCGUGUGUCCGGAGAGCCACUCCUCGCGUGUGUUGGCAGACCUGGCACGUCGCCGGGCAGACAUACACCACAUACACCUCCGACACACCAACAAGGUGAUAGAAUGCCUCGCGCCGCUAUCCGAGCUGCUGGGCUACUCCUCCACUCUUCGGACGCUAAGCUCUGGGCUCGCCACCUUCACGAUGGAGUUCCACUCCUACAGACAAAUGUCGCCCUUCGAUGAGGAGAAUGCCAUCAGAUCUGUCACGGGCUUUUAAAGAGUUGCUGAUUCCGAAAAUUGUAAUAAAAUGACACAAUUAUGAA